CGGACCCUAAGGCUGCAGUUGCGCGCGCACGUGACCCGCUGCGACCCGGGCUGCGUCGUGAAGCUGUUCUCUCCUGGGGGGCUUCAGGCUGUCCCUCGCCGCAGUGCCUCCCGGGGUUGGAUUGGGGGCUCCGGGGCACCUCGGAGGGAAACUCAUCUUGGUACGAUGUUAGGCUCCCUGAAGGGCCAAGUAUGUGUGGUGACAGGAGCCUCCAGGGGCAUUGGCCGGGGCAUUGCUUUGCAACUCUGCGAGGCAGGAGCCACGGUCUACAUCACUGGCCGAAAACAGGACACGCUGCAGACUGCCGCUCUGGAGGCACAGUCCCGAGGUGGUCGAUGUGUGCCUGUGGUUUGUGACUCAACCCAGGAAGAUGAGGUGCGGUGCCUGUUUGAAAGGGUGAAUAGAGAACAAGAUGGAAGAUUGGAUGUACUAGUCAACAAUGCCUAUGCUGGGGUCCAGACCCUCAUUUCCCAUAUGGAGAAGCCAUUCUGGGAAUGCCCAGCCUCUAUUUGGGAUGACGUCAAUAAUGUAGGACUCCGAGGCCACUAUUUGUGCUCGGUGUAUGGAGCCAGGCUAAUGGUGCCUGCUGGUCGAGGGCUCAUCGUGGUCGUCUCCUCACUUGGUGGGCUGCAGUAUUUAUUCAAUGUAGCCUACGGUGUAGGCAAAGCAGCGUGUGAUAGGUUGGCCACAGAUUGUGCCCAGGAACUACGACGCCAUGGUAUUGCCUAUGUGUCUCUUUGGCCAGGGUUGGUGAAGACAGAGCUAUUGACGGAACAUUUGAGCAAGGAAGAGAGCUCCUUGGCCCAUCAGCUGAAAGAACAGUUUCCAAAUGGGGAGACCCCAGAGCUGAGUGGCAAAUGUGUGGUAGCCCUGGCAACAGAUCCCAAUAUCAUGCAGCUGAGUGGUCGGGUCCUGCCAUCCUGCGAUCUGGCUCAAAGAUACAGCUUUAAGGAUGUGGAUGGCCGUCCUGUCUCUGACUAUCUAUCCCUGCGAUCGGUGUUUUCUGAGGUUCCCAGACUGGCCUGGCUGGCCUCUUAUAUGCCCAGCUUCCUCCGUAUGCCCAAGUGGAUUAUCACCCUUUAUUCCAGCAAGUUCUGAUCUUACCAGACAGCCAAGAUGAAGGGCCAAGACUUCCUGUCUCCCCAAACUUAGCACAACUGCUUUCUACUCUGCCGAAGUCAUCAGCCGUGGAUCGAGGAGUGAUUUGACGUAUUUGGAUAAGAAGAGUUAAUAUUUCCCACACACCUGAACUCUUGAGCAAAACCCCUGCCUUUAAGUGAAGUCUUCAACUGGGUCCUUCACUAUCUCACUCGUAUUACUCCCUCAUGCAGCCAGAAGGGACUCCUGAUGAGAAGAGCAUUUGGGAUAUGGCACAAAUUCUGGUCUUAUCUGAAACAGUGGCUAGCUUUGUGACUCUUAAGAGCUCUAAUACCACUUGUGCUUUUGUUUGGUUUCUUUUCCUUGUUUCCUGUACCUUGUUUUACCUUUUAAUGAAAAAGAUGCCUGGGAUAAUAAAGAACUCAAUUCAGUUAUUAAUUUAACAUA